AUGGAGCCAUCUUCUUUCCAUUAAGAAGCCGACGCGCAUACAAAAAAAAUUAAAAAUUUUGCAUCAAUUUGCGCUGGCAAGUACGCUUGCUAAAAGUUUGCAGGCUUCAUAAGAUUUUUCGCCGAUUCUGCUGUUCACGCGCUUUGCCGCCGCCGACUUGGCUUUUAUUGUUUUGGCGCCCGAAUUUUUUUCUGUUGCCAAUUACUACGACGCUUUGACCGAGAACUGCCAAAAGAGUCCAAGAUGGUGGAUCGCAGUGAUAAUGCCGAAUCGUUUGACGAUGCCGUAGAGGAGCGUGUGAUCAACGAGGAGUACAAGAUAUGGAAGAAAAACACGCCGUUUCUAUACGAUUUAGUAAUGACGCAUGCCUUGGAAUGGCCCUCGCUAACGGCACAAUGGCUUCCCGAUGUAACAAAACAAGAUGGCAAGGAUUAUUCGGUACAUCGCCUCAUCUUGGGUACCCACACGUCUGACGAACAGAAUCAUUUGCUUAUUGCCAGCGUUCAACUUCCUAGUGAGGAUGCCCAGUUCGAUGGAUCCCAUUAUGACAAUGAGAAGGGCGAAUUUGGUGGCUUUGGGUCGGUGUGUGGCAAAAUCGAGAUCGAGAUCAAAAUCAACCACGAGGGUGAGGUGAACAGAGCCAGAUAUAUGCCGCAGAAUGCAUGCGUUAUUGCUACUAAGACCCCAUCUAGCGAUGUGCUUGUAUUUGAUUAUACUAAACAUCCCAGCAAACCGGAACCUUCAGGUGAAUGCCAACCGGACCUACGGCUGCGUGGCCACCAAAAAGAAGGUUAUGGCCUUUCUUGGAAUCCAAAUCUGAAUGGCUACUUGCUCUCGGCUUCUGAUGAUCACACUAUCUGCUUAUGGGACAUCAACGCUACUCCCAAAGAACAUCGAGUGAUCGAUGCCAAAAACAUUUUCACUGGCCACACCGCCGUUGUUGAGGAUGUGGCCUGGCAUUUGCUGCAUGAAUCGCUCUUUGGUUCCGUAGCAGAUGAUCAGAAGCUGAUGAUCUGGGAUACGCGCAACAAUAACACAUCCAAGCCAUCGCAUACUGUUGACGCUCACACAGCUGAAGUCAAUUGUCUGAGCUUCAAUCCUUAUUCAGAGUUUAUUUUGGCCACGGGAUCGGCGGAUAAAACCGUAGCCCUGUGGGAUUUGCGUAAUUUAAAAUUGAAACUACAUUCCUUUGAGUCGCACAAGGAUGAAAUUUUCCAAGUACAAUGGUCGCCGCAUAAUGAAACAAUCCUUGCGUCAUCUGGAACAGAUCGUCGCCUACAUGUCUGGGACUUGUCCAAAAUUGGUGAAGAGCAGAGCUCCGAAGAUGCUGAAGACGGCCCACCCGAGUUGCUGUUCAUCCAUGGUGGUCACACGGCAAAGAUCAGUGACUUCUCAUGGAAUCCAAACGAGCCGUGGAUUAUUUGCUCUGUAUCAGAGGACAACAUCAUGCAGGUAUGGCAAAUGGCCGAAAAUGUCUACAACGAUGAAGAACCCGAGAUUCCCGCUUCCGAAUUGGAGACCAACACCGCUUAAAGCGUCCAACACCAAUCGCUAAAUCUUUUCGGCCACGCAUCCGUGUCAAGGUUAUCUACAAAAUGUGCGGACUCAUUUUAAUUUAUAUAUAUAUAUAUUACAUAAUAUUUUUAAAGGUCAAUAAUUAAGUUCAUAAUUGUCAGCCCCUCCCCCAACACGAAUCUUUAAUUAAAAACGAUUUCGGAAACAA